AUGAACAAGAAUGUAGGCUUGGUUGCCUGCGCAUCCACAUGGCGCUCGCUCGCCAGCCAGAGCCUGAAAUACAGCGGCAAGGCGGUGGUGGCGGCGGCGGCGGCGCUCCCACAACCAGCGUCAGAAGUCUGGAUACGGUCGUUAUGGAGGACUGGAGUCCAGAAACGGGCCAUUUCCACCUUCACAACCACCACCACAACAACAAUCUCGCCUUCCUUUCGUCCCAUCUCGACAUGGUCUGCUGUAUGCCCCCCACGUUCGUCACAUGUCGGCCUCUUAACCGCUUCACAAUGGCGGGCGUCGCUGCCCCGGUCGAGCCAUGUCAAGCAAAGUGUGACGCUAGCAGCCCUCUCAGCCUGGACUAGGCAGGCUUCCUCGAGUGCCUCUUCCCGCAGCAAGAAAAGGAACCGAGGCAGCGAACGUCGCAACAAAAGCUCGGUGACGGAUGGCUCGUCCAAGACUCGGCGAAGCCCUUCGCAACAGACACAGCAGGCACAGCAGGCACAGCAGGCACAGCAGGCACCACAGGCCACCCUCUCCCCGCAGUCUGCUGCUCCAGCAAGCAAAGACAAAUCAGACAAAGCAACCGAUGCUCAAACAUCUAGACCGCCCCCAGAUGGCUCGCAUACCCCCGCAAAGCCUCUCCUCGACCGCAUUCCCCACACACUUCCACAUAUAUACCGUCCGACCAAGGCAGAAUUGUUGGAGGCAGCGUCGGGCUUCUGGUCGCGAAUCAAGGUGCACUUCAAGUGGUUGACAAUACGGAGCACACGCCCAUUCAACGCAGAUGAGAUUUAUGCUCUGGUCUCCUGGAUAUUGGCAGCCCACAUCUUGUGGAUCGUGCUGGGCACAACAACCUUCUUCAUGUUGACCAUCUUCCUGAUCAACACGGCCUUUUCGCAGGAGACCCUCGGCAAGUGGAUUGGCAACUACUUGACCAAGUCGUCUGGUAUCAAAGUAGUUUUCGAGACUGCCGUGGUACCCAAAUGGGGAGACGGUGUCAUCUCUUUCCGAAAGGUCUUUGUUUCUCGGCGGCCCGGACAAGGACGGGGAAAGGUUACAAAAGGCUCACAGACUGAGAUCGCGGCAGCCGCCGCAGCCAUUGCCCAACAAGGAAAAGACAGCAAAGAUUCAGUUCCCGGAGCUGCAGAGCCAGAGGAAGACACCAAUUACACCCAAUUCGACAUCUCGAUUGACACUGUAAAUGUCACACUAUCCUUUUCAAAGUGGUUCAACGGCAAGGGUCUCCUCAAUGAUGUCGAAAUCAAGGGUAUUCGUGGUGUUGUGGAUCGAACGUCGGUUCGCUCCAUCGAGGGAGUGGAUCCCAGGUCGUACAGACAUGAACACAACCCUGGCGACUUUGAGCUGGAGUCAUUCAAGAUGGAAGACCUGCUCGUCACAGUCUAUCAACCAAAUGGGUUCCGGCCUUUCUCAGUCAGCAUGUUUUCGUGCGACCUGCCGCAAUUGCGAAAGCAAUGGUUAUUUUACGACUUCCUCUCUGCCAACAUGAUGUCUGGCUCCUUUGAUAAUUCAUUAUUCACCGUCCACCCUCGACAGACGCACAAUUACACUGGCACACAACUUAGUAGUGGUCGUGAAACGGACGAUGGCAAGACAUGGAAGAAGCACAGUAGAAUUCGCAUCGACGGCCUCAACAUCGAUCACCUGAAUCGAGGGUAUGAAGGCCCCUUUUCUUGGAUCCAUGAAGGCAAUGUCGAUAUUGUGGCAGACAUCAUGCUGCCCAAUGAUGAUGAUGACAGCAUCGCAAAGGUCAUGUCCGAUAUGUACGACCGUGUGGAAGCCACUGUUUCUCAAAAUGGACGCAAACAUCACUUCUCUGAUCAUGCAGCACAUGGGUUUGAUGACCAUCAUGACGGAGAAGACCACCAGGAGAAGUCGGACGAGGAGGACAAUCGCUUCGUGAUCAUGGAUAUGCGAGUAAACCUCAACGAUGUUCGCGCAGCCGUACCUAUUUUCACACGCGACAUUUCGUACGUGAACAACGCACUCGUACGACCAAUCGUAGCCUACAUCAACUCCAGACGCACCUUCAUCCCCGUCAAUUGCAGGGUGGUAAAGAAGGUCAGAGACUUUGAUGGAAGCUGGACACUAUAUGACAGCGGCUUAAUGGAGGAAGUGUCGCGCGAGAUGUACGACGCAUUCGCCCGGGAUGUCCUUGACGACCGGACCAUGCGCAAGCGCCGCAUCAAAAAGGUUGGUAUUUGGACGCUGCAACUUGCUGCGCAAGCUCUCUUUCUGGGUCUAGCUGGUAACAUUGCCUAA